GAAGACCCCGCCGACGAGUCUCAAGAGAUCAAGUCAUCCGAUGUGGAGUCGGAGUCGUCGGACAGGCGCUGCACUUCGGCCUCAAAUGCGGGCGAAUCUGAAUACGAGAGCGCGGAUGACGAAGAAGUGACGGCCGGUAACGACCAAUCCUUUGAGGAUACGGUUACUGAACACCCGAAACCGUUGUCGCCGUCACCUCCGGCGCCGUCCGCUGUGACCGUCGAUGAGAAAGAAGAUAUAUGUGUGGAAACUGUAGACAGUGUUGAGUGUGUGACCGAAAGUGAGCCGAAAACUAGUGCCCAAAUUGUCGACAAAGAAGUUUCAAAUGAACCCAAUUCUGUGACAAUUGAAGAGUCGUCCGAUUCUCAGACCAAAGACAUUGUCGAAGAAAAUGAGUCAAAACCUAAUGAUUUGCCAAACGAUGAGAAAAUAGAGUCAAAAUCAUCGGAAGAAGUGAGUGAAGUGACGCAAAGCGAAGACAUUGUUCCCGAAGACAGUAAAAGUGAUGAUAAAAACGUCGACAAAGUGUCAGAUAAUAGUAAUGUCAAAGAAGAAGAAGAAGUCGACAAUAAUUCCGAUACA